UAAUUGUUGGCUCAUUUGCAUGUUAACCAAAUGAGCGGGCUUCUAUAACGUAGAGUUGGUGCCAGCAUUGACAUAGCCCUCAGAUUCUAAGUCCUUCCCCUUCAGUUUGCUCAGUGUCUGAAAUAGGUGCAUCCGGAAAGUAAAAGCAGACCAUUCUUGGUUUAAGGCCUUGGCAGUAGUCCCUCUCCCUGGCGGGGUCCCUCACACCCUCUGAACCUGUACUCUCUCGCCAGCCUGCUCCUUCGACCAUCUUUUCCAGUCUAGCCACACACCGACCUUUCCACACGACAUCUCACACAGCUCAGCAUGGCAGGCCACGCAUCCAACAUCGCCCCGGCGCAUGAUUUCGACAACGCUGACGACAUCGAGCUAAACGCACGGCUACGAGUUCUCGGGGAAGACAGUCUGCGUCGCGCGUUCGCCCAGCUUGAGAAGGAGAACAAGCGCUUGAAGAUCGACAAGUACUACCUCACCAAGGAGAACGGCGAGGGUAUCAUUGAUAGGCGUGCGAGAAAGGACGCCGAGAAGAAGAACAAGCAAUUGACCGCUCAGAAUAGGGCUCUCAGGAGGGAGAAUGAGUCGCUCAUUGCCUGGGGGAAGGCGCAGAUGAGGGCGGAGGAGAAAGACCUGCUAGCUGCAGCGGACGCGAACGACGGCCCGGGUGAGCCCCCACGGUAUCCAUACGUUGGGAAACAAAGACCAGUGAGAGGCCUCGACUGCGACAUCCGCACAACGCUCGACGUUGCUCAGAAUGGGCCCGAGAAUUGCAUUAAGAAAGGUCAACUCGAUGACGACUUGAAGGCCGAGCUAGGCUCAAUCAAUGAGAAUAAGAAAAGGACUCUUGAGCCGAUCGAGGAUCCUUCUCCGCGCCCGAUCUCCACACCCCCGACGAAGAAGCGGAAGCUCGACACAUCAACGGAUACACCACCGGCACAGAAACCUCUCGUCAGAUGCUCGCAAUGCUACACCCACGGCUUCGAAUGCGAUCACGGAACUCCCUGCAAAAGCUGCGCGGACCGCGGAGAAUUGCCCGUUCGCUCAUCCAGAGGACGGUUAUCCGGCAAUGGUGAAGAUGGGGAGGCUAGUCAAGAGCGAUGGACUGUUCCAGCAGCCGAGGAUGAAGAAGAAGAAUAA